UUCCCCCGGCUAAAUAAAUAGGCUCAGGUACAAGCUAAUCUAUGAGAAGAGGACUAAUUUAUUCAAUAGCUGCCAUACAUUCAUAUUGACUGGGGAUCGCGGAUUAAUACGUGUUCUCUGCUGGAAACUAUUGAUUUGAACCGUUUGUAACAAACUGCUGGGAUAAUAAUACAGGAAUACAGAACCAUGCGCUGCAUCUGGUCUCUAGUGCUGCUGUGCAGUGUGCUAUGUUGGAGCAGGGCUACAGCUUUAGACAAUCUAAACUUUGCAACCGCUGAAAAUAUAACAUGGGCGUCUUUCAACUUCAAAACCAUUCUUGAAUGGCAGCCGAAACCAACAAAUUAUGUGUACACUGUAGAAGUGGCUGGGGAGAAAUCCGACUGGAAAAGGAAAUGUGUUUACAUCCAAGAAACUGAAUGUGAUGUUACCGACGAGUUAAGGAAUGUAAAAGACACUUUCAAAGCUCGGAUUAUUUCAGAAGUACAAGAUAGAGAAGAUGUUCUGGAAGAAUUCCCAUAUGCUAACAGCCCUCCCUUCUCACCUUACCAACAAACACUUAUCGGAAGUCCGAGUGUUGAAAGCUAUAUGUUCAAUGAAGAUCAUACCAAACUGACGGCUUUUAUUAAGGAUUCUCUUACGCCUUAUAGAUCUGCUAGUGGGCAGUUUGAAACGCUACGUGAUAUUUUUAAGGAUGACCUUAUAUAUACGUUCUUUUAUUGGAAAUCGUCUAGCACUGGCAAGAAGCAGACAACAUCUACUAAUAAUGAAAUCAAGAUUGAUGUUGAAAAAGGAGAGAGUUAUUGCUUUUCUGUAAAGGCAACUGUCCAGUCUCGGAAAACGUUACGUGAUAGUGAAGAAAGUGUGGUUCAGUGUACGUCUAACGGAGGAAGCGAAUUUGAUUCUUCUACUAUAUUUAUUGCAGUAAUUAUUGCAUUGGCCAUUCUUCUCAUAAUUAUCAUUGCACUGUCUGUGACACUGUGCAAAUGUAAAAAGAAUAAAGAAGAAAAAUCGAAGGAAUCUGUGCCUUUGAACAGCGUCUAAAUGGUUGAUUGAUGCUCUGGUUAUUAGAUGAAAAUGGAAGUAGACAUCUUUUUUUCAAAUUUUUGGGGCAUCAUUUUCAGCUGUCCCUGUGUAUAUAUUUCUGAGAAAAAAAACAAUUGAAUUCACUCCAGAUGUUUACUACUGUAAGCUGUGACUGCACAGUGUAUUUAAUAGGGAUGGGCGAAUGUGUUUAUAUUCGAAUUUGAAUGUUAGAACGAAUGUUAUUGUAGAAAUUCGAAUUACAUAAUCGAAUGUUGAUAGGAAUGAAUAUUCUUAAAAAUUCUAUUAUCAAAUGUUAUUUACAAUUUUCGAAUGCGACAUUCAAAUUUAAAUUUCAUAUUCGAAUUCAAAUGUCACAUUCGAAUUUGAAUGUCACAUUCGAAUUUGAAUAUUACAUUUAUAAAACACAGUUGUAGACUAGAAAUACUAUUUCGAAUUCGAAUGUGAAAUUCAAAUUCGUAGCAUUCAAAUUUGAAUAUUACAUUUAUUAAAUACAGUUGAAAUACUUUUUCGAAUUCGAUUGUUACAUUCGAAUUUCACAUUUCGAAAUUGGAUGUGAUAUAAACCACAUAGCUAAACAUUCUAUUAUUCAAACAAAUAUUUUUGAAUGUUAUUGAAAAAUUCAAAAAAGAAAAUUCAAAAAUAGAAUGUUAUAUAAACAUUUGAAAUUCAAUUUGAACGAAUGUAUCAAAUUUAGUUUUAAAUUUCGAAUUUUUAGAAACAUUUGCCCAUCCCUAGUAUUUAAUGCCUGCUACUCAUUAGGGCGUACGGGAAUACUCCCAUGAGAGGUGUAGGGAAUCCUUUUGUUUCUAUGAAACAUGAUAGUCAAAGAUACAUCUGUAUGUACAAGUCUAGUACUGACUUGCUAAAUUAGCACAAAUUGCUCUAGUUCUUUCAAGUGCAGUAUAUUUUUAUUUUAUGUAUAUUUUUGAUAACACUAAGUCUUUUAUAUUAAUACUAAAAUUUAUCUAGAUAAAGGGACGGGCAUUCAUGCUUUCGCUUUACUGUUGAUUAUCACAAGUCUUCAUGGAAUAAUUUAUUGAUUUAUUAUUAAUAAUAUGAUUUUAUACUUUUAAAAAGCACUACCAAAUAAUAAUUACUUAAGGUACAACAACACUGACAUCUACCGAUGGUUACUGAGCACAAGAUUCCCAUAUCUGAUUUCUGUUCUCUAUUAGAUCUCUUGUGUUAGAUUAUAAUAUGGGAAUAAUGUUUUAAACUGUAUAUUUAUGCACAAGGAUGCCUAAUGUCUUAGUUAAAUGGUUCUGUUUUUUGCUGCUCCCUCUCAUUUUUCUCUAUCAAGCAUGAGUUGUAAAAUUGUAUUUAAUAAUAAUUUGCGCUUCGAUACCCUGAUAAAAUCACAAAAUGCACCUUUGCAAGAAGAAUAGAGUUUACUUUAGUCUAAAUCUAGUGUUCUUUCAUAUUGUUUUUAAAGACACACAGCUGGGUGGAUUUAAAACAGUUAUUUAAAGGGACAUGAAACCCAAAAUGUUUCUUUCGUGAUUUAGACAGAGCUUGUAACGUUGAACAACUUUCUAUUUUUCUUUUAUUAUCAAUAUUUCUUUGUUCUCUGCAUAUUUUGUUAAAAAACAAGGACAUAGGCCUUGUUUUGCAAGAUCUUUAUUCAUUUGCAAGAACUAUUUCCUGCAAUGUAGUGCUCCAGAUGUUUACCUAGGUGUCUCUUCAACAAAGAAUUACCAUAGGAAUGAAGCAAAUUUGAUAAUAGAAGUAAAUUGGAAACUUAUUUAAAUUUGUAUUCUCUGUCUGAAUAACAAAAGAAAAUGUUUGGCCUUCAUAUCCUUUUAAAGAAAGGGUUAACUGGAAUUCUUUUUAUUUAUUUAUUUGGAGGUUGUUUACAAGUAACUAUCAUCAGUCUAAAAAGAAAAUAACAUUGUGUUAGAUUUCAGAUCACACAAGAAUUAAUGAUCCAUAAAGUACAAUUUGACAACAACAAAACAAUGUAACAUAAAUACUCACUAGUUUCCUAUUGGUCCAGUACAUAUUAGUAAACACAGAUGGAUAUAACUAACAGACCUCUUAAUGUUGCAAAACAGAGCACUAAACUUACAUAAAUCAGGAAAUUAUUUUGACUUUGGGAAGAAUUUACAAGUAAAUUGUAUAAAUUUGAGAUGUUUGUGUAUCUUUUUAUUAUGCAACAUUUUACAAACUAAAUUGUAUGGUUUUGUUGUUUUAUUCCAAAUGUCAGCGCAUUAUUAAAGGGACAGUGCAUUGUAGUUUUUCUACCUUUUUAAAUGUGUUCCCAAUUAUCCAUUUUACCUGCUGUAGUGUAUUAAAUUAUUUACAAAUAAGUUAUUUACCUUAAUUUUGCCAUUACCUUAAUUUUGCCACCUAUACUUAAAUAUGAAUACUGCAGCAUUCUCUAAAGAAAAGCAGCAGCAAACAUGCAAGAGGCAGCAACAGAAAUCAACCUCAUAGUGAGAGGUUGUACCUAGUGCUUGGAAUACAAUGAACUCUAAUCAGCUACUUGCCUGAGUAUAUUGUACCUUUAAUGUUUUCCCAAUAGCUAGUUAUAUAUAUAUUAAAUAUAUUGGUAAUUUCAGUCCCCAAGUAUUGACCUUUUUGUAUAUAGAUAGAGAUAAGAUAAAUACAUCUGCUUUUUCUUAGAGACUCAGUCCAUUUAAAUAGGUAUUGCUCUUGAGAACAAUGGCUUGAGGUUUUAGUGAUCAAACAUAUUAUAAAUACAAAAAUAAACCUAAAGGAGCAAUUUCCUUUACAUUUAAUACUCUGCAGCAGGUAUAACAAGACACGUCACUGGAAAUACAUUAAGGGUAAAGAAGUUUUACGGUAUAGUGUCCCUUUGUGUAGGUACAUUGGCUGUAUUCCAAUAGAUGCAUGAAAAUGUCCUGUUAGAAAACUCAAGCAGCCUUUUUAUUACUAAUAUUUCCUCAGCCUAUAAACAUGUGAAGUACUUGGUAAAUAUCACAAUAUAUGAGGUACUUAGCUUUUAAAAUUCCUAUUCUGUGUUUUUUGUUUUUUUUUAGAAUCACUGUCUAAAAUAAAUGCUGAAUCACUACAUACAGAGAGAUUCCUUAAGGGUCAUUUUAGAGAAAUAUCAAAACACUAGUAUUUAAUUACACUGAAGCCGGCAUAUCAUUUUUGUUUUUUUGUCUGUAACUUGUUUGUUAUUCCUUUUCAUGUGUUUCUUUUUGUGUAUUCUUAAUAACAUUUUGCUUUAAAAGGACUUUAAAUACAUUUUGCUUUUGUGUAAAUAGUUGUAUGGUUUCCCACGAUCCCUAGAGAGGAUAGAAUGCAAAAUCUAUAACCUAAGGGUUAUCAAAAUGCUGCAAAUGAUCUAAAUCAGCUAUUGUAUGUGCUUUUGUGGCUUCUCUAGGGAGUGUGUGACAAAGCACAAAUUUACACAAAAGCAGGUAGGUGUUAAUGUCCUUUUAAAUCUAGUGAAAAGCACUUGUCAUAAAUGUUCUAUUUUUAUAACUUCUUGGGUAGACAUUGUCAUAUUGUUUGGGGAGAACUUUUAUAUACAACAAUCAAGGAAAUUUCUAUUUAUGUAUUGAUAUGAUUUUGUAAUAUAUGUUUUAUAUUGUUGUUAUUAUUAUUGUUAUUAUUACAUUUGUAUAUAUUGUAUUAACUUAUUUAUUAUUCUUAUUAAAAUAAUGGUGAAUGGGAAAAA